AUGAAUCGUGUGUGUGUUACAGGAGGUACUGUACAGGGGCCGGUUGUGUGAAGGCCAGAUAGUGCCAUCCACCGGAUAGUGAUUUUUUCAAGCUUUGUUAAAUCAGUCGUUGAUUGGUUUUACUUGUAUUAAAGUUUAGAACUUAUAAGUGAAAUGUUUUUUCUACUUCUUGUCUCGCUUAUAUCCGUUUUCACAGUUUUUCAAGCAUUGUACAAAUUUUGAAAAAUCACUAUCAGGUGGAUAGCGCUAUCCGACCUUUAUACAACCGGCCCCAGGUAUCUAACUUUAAUCGAGUCUUAUUUGUUCAUUUUGUUUUCGAUUUAUUGUCAGGUUCAAGUCCCAACAUAACUGGUCAGGAUCAAACUCCAAGAGUUAUCAAGCGAAAUCUUUCCAGACAGGAGCAACCUGACAGUAUGUGCUCAUAUUUUAUUAUGUUAAUUUAAACAAAGUUAUUGUUACUGAGCACAUGUACCUUGAUCUGUUUGGGUAAAUAAAUUAGGCUUAUUUGCAUCAAUACAAUAAGUCAAGAGGAAAUGCAAGUCAAUGAUAGUUAAUAAUUUUUUCUGUGUUGGUGUAAUGCACUCAGGUGAAUAUAAUGCUUGUGAUGUUACUCUGAGUGUAUAUCCACACCGGGCAGGCUUGAUAUACACUCAGAGUAACAUCACAUGCAUCAUAUUCACCUGAUGGUAUGAUGGUAUAUUUUCAGACAAAAUGUGAACACCAUGAGUGCUUCAACUUUGUGAUAUCCCAAAGUUACUGAAUAUGAUAAGCAAGCUGACGGCCUGUAGAGUUGGGUACUGUAGGUUGUAGAGGGAUUUCGUGUGAAUUGAGUGGGAUCUGAAAAUUUGCUAACAGUUUUCAGAUCGAUGUAAUUUCCAGUUUGCUUGAGAAUCCUGGUUUUAAGUGUAUAUACAACUUACAGUAUAAGGUAAAAAACUAAAUGAAAAGGUAAGAUAUGCGACACUACAGUCCAAAGGUUCUGUUUGAGUACCGUACAAAUAUUAAGAAAAACAAAAGUUUGCUGUUUGCUUGAAUAUGUGAUUGUUUACUUAUGUAUUUAUUUCAAACGACCGCUAGGCUUUCAACGAUCUGUCCUUGCAAAACUUGACAUAAUGAUAGAAAAGCAAAGUGAAGCCUUAUCAAUAUUGCAAGUCCUUCUCGGUGCCACGAAAGGUGUGAGUGGUCAGGAUAUGCUGGAUGAUGUUCUUCCCAAGCCUAUUGAUUCUCCCGAAGAAUUAGAAGAGAUGUCUGCAGGCCUUUCUGACGAAGACGUUAGAAAAAAAAGGUACAUAUACUCCUAUUAAUUUUGAUUAUUGCUUUUCAACAAUGUCAAUGUUGUGGCAAUUGUUAAGAGAUCUGACCACGCAACGAGAGACCCUAAAUCUGAGUGUUUGGUGCAUUUCGUUGACGUGUAACAAGUUGUAUUCUGAAGUGUUCAACCGGGAUCAUUGUGGGAAAUUUAACUUACAUGUAGAUGUACUGUAGGUCCAUCGCAGGAAUGGAACCUACGCCCCCGCGAUUCCGGUACAAUACCACUAAGCUACAGAAUAGUUGCUGUAUGGCAUGAAGAUCUUGUAUACAUGUGCAGCAACCUCGUACCUAGAGUCUUUCCUUUUGGGGAGAAAAGACCCUGGUAGAUGUUUGUCACGUUAUCUGCUAAAAUCUACCAGAUUACUGAUUAACUAAAUAACAAAUUAAACUAUAAAAAUCAUCCAAAUAUCAAAUAUUUAUUGACCUCAUCUUGUGACCAGCGUCUAUCAGGGUAUUUUCUCUCCUCGCCAAGAGGAAAGACCCUGGGUACGAGGCUGUAUGUGCAGAUGCGAGUUGUGAAAAGGUAAAUUAAGCAUGUUUUAUACGUCGAAUUUCGGUUGCGUCGAAUGCAAUUCAAACAAUAGAUAACGAAGCUUAUGAGGUUUAUCAUCUCAUUAUCUUGUUGUCUUAAUUGCAUUCGACGCGACCAAACGAACUUGGCCUUAAAUGAGUGUUUGGUGCAUUUCUUCGUCGUGUAACGAGUAGUAUUCGAAGGUGGUUGGUAUUUGUCGAGGGUAAUGUUAUAUACAGUAUAUAAAUUUUUUAUGGACCUAACCGGAAACAUUGCGAAAAUACAACAUAGGUGUUCCAUGUUAAAAACAUUGUUUAUAAUAAUAUCAUCCUGGACAAAUACCAACCACCUCAGACACAUCAAGGAAAUGCACCAAAAACUCAUGUAGUUUACUUUUUGAGGCAUAUACAGUAGCCUAUCCCUCAAAUCAGUGAUAUUAAUUUGUUCUCAUUUAUCUACUUUUGUAGUUACAUUUCUUGGUUGCCUUAUGUGGACACAGCUGUCCCGAAAGCAUACGGCGAAUUCUGGCCAAAAUUGGGACCAAUAAACUUUGGUCGGACUAUAGCCUGAAGGGGAGAAAAGCCAAGCGGUCUUUCAAAAAUCUUGCAGUCUGCACGAUCGUGAUUAGUAAGUGUAUUAUUUAUAUAUAUUUUUCUAUAUACUGAUUAUUUAGAGCAUGAUCAAACGUGAUGCGAAAAUAGUGGCCAUCGAUCCAACAAUCAACAUUGAUAGCAUGCAUCAAGAGAAUGUCAGUAAAAAAUUAUGAACGUUUAUAGUCCUCUUUUACUAAUUUAUGUCCCAGAUUGUCCAAAUCUGUAAGAAUAAAAUGAAUAGUUUACUUUUAUAUUAACGCUUGUUUUUCGCCUAAAUAAAUUAUUCCGUAGAGUUUAGUACCCCCAUUUUAUUACAUAUACUUUAUUCUUAAUAAUAGUGACGUAAAAUUAGUUGACUGCAUCUUCAACGACUAACUUUGGUGGCCAACAGGCAUGUCAAAUCGCCCUUUUUGGUUAAGGCUUUAUAUGCGCCAGUGUAGACAAACUUUCUGAAUAAAUAAACAUGGUUAAAACAAGGACAUUAUACAAGCGUAAACUCUGUUCAGUUUUCGCUCAAAAUUGUGGCAAAAAUAGUUUUUGACUUCAAAUUCAAAACUUCUGUUCUUCCCUCCCAACUAUUACUGUUUCCCAACGUGUAAUCUUGCUGGCGAAGAAUUAAUUAUUUGCCAGUUUGUUGUUUCACUCACAUAUUAACCCAUCGUAUUUUCAUUUUUGGAUAUAGUGUUAUUAGUGUAUAAAGUAUAGUAUAUGUACAGUAUAUCGACAUAUCUUGCACGGCAUUAGCAAUUCGGCACAAUCGGGUGCCAAUAUUUGCCAAUCAUAUGCAUGCAUUAAUUGCGAUAAUAAACUGGUAGUAGUGCUUGCGCUUGUCGCGUUAUACCAUAACUACAGUAUAUUAUAUUAAUGCUCAAACGAUUCAUUUUAGAGGCCUGCCUCAGAGUUCAUAAAGGCAUUGGGGAAUUGGACGUCGAGGAGCAAAUAGCCGAAUAUUUGAAACAUGCUCCGAACAAGGCUGGUGGCUCCAGAUAUAAGGUAUACUGUAUAUAUUUUUACAUUGUAGUCAAUGCACUAUAUAUACAGGCAUUUGUAUAUAUCAACCUACAGAUAAUUAAGUUAUCUGCUACAGAAAAUUGAGUUAUCUGCUACAUAUUAUUCAGUUAUCUGCUAUACAUAUAAUUACUCAGUUAUUUGUAGGUUGAGCCAGCGGCUCGUAAUUUUAUAGCAAGCGGUACGUUAACAUGACACUUGAAUAAAAACAAGUAAAAUUAACAUGAACGAACGACGUUUUUGGGAAUAUUUUUUUGCAAAAAGCAAAACGACAUAUUUAUGCAAAAAGCAAGUGACAUAUUUAUCCGAAUUUUAGCAAGUAAAUGUGUUUCCAUUAGUUUUGUUUCGUUACUGUAGUAUUCUAAAUCAUUGCACUGCUUUUUUAUAAGAACCAAACGCUAUUUUUUUCUGCAACCAAGCAUUGUACGUCGAAGGAGAUAAAUGAAAAUGCAAUAUGUAUAAUUGUAGUGUUUUUCGUUUGCAGGAUCGUAAAAACGAGUGA